AGACGUGUAACUGUUCGGUAAAUUCGUUAGCUGUCCGGCCGGAAAAAAAGAUAAUCGAGCAAAAAAUAACAUUACCAAUGUUUCAAUAGUAAAAAUGGAAGGACUUAUACCGGUUAUUAACAAACUACAAGACGUUUUCAAUACAGUUGGCUCCGAAAAUAUUCAGCUGCCUCAAAUUGUCGUGGUUGGCACUCAGAGUGCUGGUAAAAGUUCAGUGCUCGAAAGUCUGGUAGGUCGUGACUUCCUUCCACGUGGAACUGGCAUCGUCACAAGGCGACCCUUGGUUCUACAGCUAAUACAGAUCACCCCAGAUGAUCGAGAGGCAAGGACUUUGGACAGUGGGGAAGUAAUAAAGGCAGAAGAAUGGGGGAAGUUCCUACAUACAAAGAACAAAAUCUACACAGAAUUUGAAGACAUCAGGACUGAAAUUUCAAACGAGACUGAUCGGAUGAGUGGAACAAACAAGGGACUAUGCCCAGAACCAAUAAGCCUGAAGAUAUACUCGCCACAUGUGAUCAGUUUGACCCUGGUUGACCUUCCUGGCAUUACAAAAGUUCCUGUUGGUGACCAACCCUCCGACAUUGAAAAUCAGAUCAGAGACAUGUGUUUGACAUACAUUGGCAACCCAAACUCCAUCAUUCUGGCUGUAACCUCUGCCAACACAGACAUGGCCACUUCAGACGCAUUAAAACUCGCCAAGGAAGUGGAUCCUGAUGGUCGUCGCACACUGGCAGUCAUUACGAAGCUGGAUCUGAUGGAUGCAGGCACGGAUGCAAUGGAGAUCCUGUGUGGACGCGUGAUUCCUGUCAAGCUGGGCAUCAUAGGUGUUGUCAACAGGAGUCAGGCCGACAUCAACAAAAGAAAGGAGAUGAAAGAAGCUUUAAAAGAUGAAGCCUCUUUCCUACAGAAGCGUUAUCCUAGUCUUGCAAACAGGAAUGGAACUGCAUACCUUGCUAAAACUUUAAAUAGGUUGUUGAUGCACCAUAUACGAGAUUGUUUACCUGAGCUGAAGACUCGAGUGAAUAUCCUCAUAGCACAGUUCCAGUCACUUUUGACCAGCUUUGGUGAACCAAUAGAGGACAAGAGUCAACUGCUCCUUCAAAUCAUCACCCGGUUUGCCUCGGCCUACUGCAGCACAAUAGAAGGGACAUCACGCAAUAUUGAAACCACAGAAUUGUGUGGUGGAGCAAGAAUCUGCUAUAUAUUCCAUGAAACAUUUGGACGAACAUUGGAGUCUAUAGAUGCAUUAGGUGGAUUAGCAACUAUGGACAUAUUGACAGCUAUCAGGAAUGCUACGGGUCCAAGGCCGGCCUUGUUUGUGCCAGACAUAAGUUUCGAGUUGUUGGUGAAGAGGCAGAUCAAGAGACUGGAAGAGCCCAGCCUGAGGUGUGUGGAGCUCGUGCACGAGGAGAUGCAGAGAAUCAUCCAGCACUGCGGCACUCAGCAAGAAAUGUUGCGGUUUCCGAAGUUGCAUGAUAGAAUACUAGAUGUGUUGACCCAUAUGUUACGAAAGAGAUUAAAACCAACAAACAACAUGGUUGAAAACUUAGUAGGUAUAGAGUUAUCAUACAUCAACACGAAGCAUCCAGACUUCUUUGAGGCCCAGAUGGUGCACAAGACAGUCACCAAUGACCAGGAUGGGCUCAGGCAGCUACAGAAGGAUUCCCAGAGACAGCAGCAGCAACAGCAUCAGCAGCAGCAGCAGCACGUCGAAGAGAAGGAAAACAGGGCUCCCUCCCCAGCACCAGACAUGUUGCCUGUCAAUAGCUGGAAGAUGCCAUCGUUCAUGGGAAAGACACGCAGCCAGUCUGACCUGCAGGGGGGAGGGGAGCCAGACUCCCAGUCAAGCAGCGCAGUUGCCUCCCCUGCACACUCCAGGAAGGGCAUCAACCUGCUACCUGAAGUGCCAAAAGCUAUUACUUCUAGAAAGCUUACUGUCAGAGAAAAACAUGAUGUUGUUUUAGUAGAGAAGCUGAUCAAGUCUUACUUCAUGAUUGUACGCAAGAACAUCCAGGACACGGUACCGAAGGCAAUCAUGCACUUUCUGGUGAACUUCAUAAAGGACAAUCUGCAAAGUGAGCUGGUGAGCAAGCUCUACAAGAAGGAGGAGAUAGACACACUGCUGGAGGAGUCCGAACACAUCGCACAGAGAAGGUCGGAGGCACAGGAGAUGGUGCAGGCUCUACAGCGCGCUAGUCAUGUGAUAGGAGAGAUACGAGAGACCCAUCUGUGGUGAAGACAGCUGUGGUAUCAGGGCUCUGAGAUACUAUAAAUAGACAAUCAGCAGCUACCAGUCAUGUAAUGCUGAGGACCGGCAAGAAACCAGCAUAUGGUGGAUAUUGUGAGGUUAUGAUAUUGCUUUUAAAAAAUGUCAUAAUUGAUAAUGAGAAGUAAGUGUGACAUAAUUGUGUGUUAUAUAAUCACUUAUUAAAUAAAAAUAUCAAUUAACUAGGGAAAAACGAAAGUGUGUUUUUGUAGCAUCUUAUAAAUAAAUUCUAAACCAUAAUCAUAUAGAAUUAUUGUAAUGGAAUAUUGAACAUGGGUAAUGGAAUAUUAAACAUAGAAGUCAUAUUUACAGUACUAUUGAAAUUCAUAAUGUAUAUAUAAAAAUGUACAUGUGUCUGGGAUUUUGAAGAUUAUUUGUAAAAUUGAUAAAAGUGGAUAUGAGCGAAAACUGUGAAUAAAAAGUAGGUUUAAUUUAGUCAAGAUUUGACAGCAGACUUCUGUGUUCACGAGUUAAUUGUAUGUUGUAAUGUUAACAUAAUUUGUAACAGGAUUAGCUGAUAUGCAUCAUUAUUAUAACUUAUGUGUAUUAUGUGAAUUUAUAAAGAUGUAUGUUUUAAAUAUUGCAUGUACAAUUGUUGCUCCAAAAAAGCAUAAUCUAGAUAAUAUAAUUAACAAGCAGGAACUUUUUUGGUCAUACUCAUUUCAUUUAAGGCAUUGCUUCUUACACAUUUUGUCAAAAUAUUCUGUAAUAUUCACUUUGAAAAUAAGAAUGGUCUGUUUUUUUAAACAAUGAACAUUCAUCAGAAAAUAAGCUUUACAUUAUAUUUGAAACUGAAGACAAAUAGACAAAUAAGUAAAUCAACUAAAGAAAUUCAGUCUGCAUAUAUGAAUGAAACCAUAAUUGCAUGUGGUCGUGAUGAUGAACAAACAUAUAGCGUUAAGAUAUAUUUCGCACUGUUUUGAAAUAACUCUGGUUAUUACAUGCAUAUACAGUUGUGGAGAAUUUUGAUUAAAAAGUAAUAACUGUUUAAUAUAAUGUCAUGCACUGUACUAGACAAAGUAUGUAAAAAUAUUUUCUAUCAAAAUACAUAUGUAUGUUUGUUUUAUAAAAUAAUUGUCCAUUUAACCUUAUUGUUUUUAUAUCCCCCACCAGUAUAGUGGGGGACAUAUUGUUUUUGCCCUGUCUGUUGGUUGGUUGGUUGGUUUGUGUGUUUGUUUGUUUGCUCCAACUUUAACAUUUUGCUAUAACUUUUGCAAUAUUGAAGAUAGCAACUUCAUAUUUGGCAUGGAGCUGCACAUUUUGAGUGGUGAAAGGUCAAGGUCACCCUUCAAGUUCAAAGGUCAAAAAAAAAAUCAAAGCGGCGCAGAAGGGGACAUAGUGUUUCCGACAAACACAUUUCUUGUUUUUUCAUGAUUUACUGAUUUGAAGGUUUUUUCAAGACCUACAAUACAGUUAUAUCAUUCUUAUAUAAUAUAAAAGUGUUGUUGUUUUUUCACUUAAAUUAUUGCUAUGUAAGGAAUUUUUCACUGUGAAAUCUUGUGAUUGUGAACAAUUGAAGUAAAUUAUAUCAAUGGAUUGAUAUAGUAUGAUAAAUCCAACAAAAACACAUAUUUUUUCUUUCCUUUUUUAUCAUCGUUUCGGCUUACGCCUUCAUCAGGAUAAUACAAAUAAUAACAGAAAGCGGAUGUUACGUCAUUGACCUUACGUACAUUAAAAUGCGGGAAAAUGUACGUAAAUAAAAUGAACAUUAAUUAAAUUAAGCUUAACUUUCGGAUUCAAGAAUACACAAUUUCCUAUCAAAUUAUAUAUAAUAUAAUAUAUAUAUAUUAUAUAUAUUUUUUAUCAAUGGAUUGAGAAAUAACCAUUUAAAUACGAAAAUUAAUAGUGUUCAUAUAUGUAACCAUAUUUUUAUGCUUUAUAACUUAGAUUCACAAUUCCCACUUAUUUGUGUGAUUUUCUCAUUCCAUUUGGUAAAAUUGACCAAAUCUGGGAUUUGUAAACCAAUUCUGUUAUGUAAGGAAAACAAUUGUUGACGUGCCGGGUCAAUCUUUUACUUAAUUACUUGAAAUGUGGAACAUUCUUAUCUAUGACUUUGAAUAUGUUGAAUUACUGCUGUGCAUAAUUAGAUAUAUUUGAAGUUCUUUAUAAGCAGUUACUUCCAUAUGCACUGCUUAUGCAGCCUUUCAAGAGUUAGCAUUUGACAUGCAGAUUGUUUAUCCUUUCAUAAAACAUGGCCUUCAUGUUUUUACAGGCAUUACUUGUAAAAAAAGUGUGUCUUUUAAUAAAAGUGCUUGUAUGCAAUUGAUCAAGGAAUGUAUUAUGAUAAAUCAUCAAACUGUUGAUUUAAUAUUUACUGAUAAGUGAAAAAUGUUCCUUCCUUUCUAGUUCAUCAUUCAUUUACAUAUUUCUUCUGGAAGCAAUCCAUGUCUCCUUAUGAGUAAAUUUAUCAACUUGCACUGUCUGUAAAAAACGAGCUUGUAACAUGAAUAUUUAAAAUUGGGUGUGUUGUUAAAAACACAAAAUUGUUAAAGAGUACCAUAAUAUCAGUAUUUUAAUUGUGUUAGAUUGCUGCUUUUCUAAAUGUCAUUUUCAAUAGCCUGAAGUUAACACUGGGUAUACAUAUGUUGAGUUAUGUACCUCAUCUUGUUAGUAAAUCAGUCUUCCACACACAAAUUACACCAUAAAACCCAGUUAAUGUUAACAGUAUUUCCCACCAAAGUAUGGAAAUAAUUCCCAAAACUUAAGUGUUGUGAUUUUAUAUAUGUAUCUUCUUAAUUAGCCUCCUAUAUUGAAGGUGUUGUAAAACAACCAGCAUUUUGAAUACAGAGUAUCAAAAUAGAAAAGACAAGUUUGAGUCAAAAUAGCUGUUUUAGAUAAUGGCAUCAUUACUUGCAUUUCAAUGGUGUAGCUUUUUACGUACAAGACUUUCAUCCAAACAUGUAUAAUGGAAACUAUCAAGUGCAAGGUAUUAAAUGAAAUCAAAACUUUGGAUAGUUGGCAUUGCUCAACACUUUGUCAAAGCAGGCUUUGUACUUAAUGAUGUUUAGAAGUAAUAUACAGCCCAGAUUUUUUCUCAGAGCUUAUAAAAGUCUAGUCAUAGAAGUUUCAAGAAAUCAAAACAAUGUUUUAGAUGGCUUUGAAUGAUUGCUUCACCUUUUUUAACAACAAAAUUUUAAGUGAUUACAUGUAUUGAUUAUAAAUGAACCAAAGUAAGAUUUAUUUUAAAAUUUGUGGAACAUACAACAUUAAAAUACUUCUAAAUUUUCAGUUGAAAACCCAAUCAUGAAUGUAACAAGUGUACAUGUAUUAGGAAAUACGCAACAAUGCAGGAGAUGCAAAUUUAUACUUGUCCUUUUUUAUGAUGUUCAAAUUCGUGAGAAAAUGAGAUGUUGACAUUAAAAAUUGUAUGUACAGUACUGACUUUUAUGACUUAAGAUAUCUUGAAGACUGAAAAUUAAUAUGUCCACCAGAUUUUAUUGAAGUGCAAGCCCUGAUAGAUAUAAAGGUGUAGGUUUAAAAAAAAAAUAAUUAAAAACAUGUUUCAAUUCUUAGGGUUCUAUGUGUACCUUUAUCCUUUCCAGCUUUUGAUGCUCAUUAAGCAUGUGUAUGCGUUUGUUUUGCGUUAGGUUUUCAAAUUAUUAAGAUAGGGUCUAAAAUGUGUAUUAAGAAAAAGUGUAACCAACAUGUUCUCUCCCAAUUGUUUAUGUAACAAUUGUAAAAAAUAUGCAGUAUUCAGAACUUAGUUCGUGUUUGAAAACUAACUCCUGUUAACAUGUUGCCAUUAUAUUUCAAAUUUUUCAAGAUUUCAAAUUUUAGUUUGUGGCUAUUGUUAUUAUUAUAAGUGCUUUAAGUGCUUAUUAAAUUCUGAUGUAUGUAAGUGUUGUGUUUAUAGAGUGCUCAAUUUUAUUACAUUUUUUGUUGUUAUCAAAUUGGCAUCUUAAUACUUGACCUCAAAGUGUUAUUUGCUAGAAAAGAUAACAAGUUGAGGAGCUUAACAACCAAAAAUGUCUUAAUUUAUAAGACAUGGUUUAACAAAGAAGUCAAAUAUGCUAAUAUGGUUCAGAUUAUCAAUUUUUGUAGUAUUGGUUUAAGAAUUUCUGUAAGAUGCUUUUUACUAAAGACUUUCAUUUGUAUUUGUGUUAAUGAACGACAAUAAAAUCUUGGACUGAAA